GGGCAGGCGGGCCCGUAUCGGGUUCGAGCUGAGCUAAGCUUAAGCUGUGGGGGGACUGGGGUGUGCUGUGCAGGAGAGGGGCGUCUCCAUUGCUUCUCCUGCUGCCCGUCAGGCUCUCACACGCUCCGGCGGGAUGGAAGAGCCGAGGCCCGAGGUGAAGGAAAUGGUGGAAGAACCAGCUGAGGCGAAGCAGCAGCUGGCCAAUAAGAAUGGGAAGAAGGCCGAGGCUGGGACCGGGGGCUCUUUCUUUACCUGGUUCAUGGUUCUGGCCCUGCUCGGCGUGUGGACCUCGGUGGCCGUGGUUUGGUUCGACCUGGUCGACUACCAGGGUGUCGUCGCCAAAGCAAAGGACCUCCAUUCUAACCUUUCAGAAGUAAUACAAGGAAAACUUGGAUCAUAUGAUGCGGACAAUGACGGUGACUUCGAUUUGGAUGACGUCCAAGUAAUCCUAGGACUGAAGGACAAGCCUGCUGUCGUUGUGCAAACGGAGGCAGUGAAAGAGGAAGCUCCAGCUCCACCGGCAGAACAAGCACCUGAGCCUGAACCAGAACCAGAAGCUGAACCAGAACCAGAACCGGAACCAGAACCAGAACCUGAGCCAGUUGUGGAGUGGCCUUCAGAGCCAGAGGUGGAGGAAGAGAUCGAAGCUGUAGAGGAAGAGGUGGAGGAAGACCAAGUGGUGGAGGAGGAACCAGUCAUAGAGGAAGAGGUUGACCCAGUUGAACAGGAAUUGGCAGAUCUUUGGGGUGAUGAGGUAGAGGCUCCUGUAGAGGAGGAGGUAGCUGCCCCAGUUGAGGAGGAGGUGGCCUCUCCUGUUGAAGAAGAAGUAGCUGCUCCAAUUGAGGAGGAGGAGGCAGCCGCACCUGUAGAGGAGGAGGCAGCCGCACCUGUAGAGGAGGAGGCAGCCGCACCUGUAGAGGAGGAGGUAGCCGCACCAGUUGAGGAGGAGGUGGCUGUUCUUGUUGAAGAGGAGGACGCUCAAGUUGAGGAGGAGGCUGAACUUGUGGAAGAGGAGGUGCCUGCACCAGUUGAGGAGGAGGCUGAAUUUGUAGAAGAGGAGGUGCUUGCACCAGUUGAGGAGGAGGAGGUAGCUGCUCCAGUUGAAGAGGAGGCUGCUCCAGUUGAGGAGGAGGUAGCUGCUCCUGUAGAAGAUGUGGAGGAGGCCGUACCUGUUGAGGAGGAAGAGGCUGCACCUGCUGAGGAGGAGGCUGAAUCUGUGGAAGAGGAGGCGCCCGCUCCUGUUGAGGAGGAGGUAGCUGCCCCAGUUGAGGAGCAGGAGGCUGUACCUGUGGAAGAGGAAGCUGAGGAGGAGGUGCAGGAAGAGGCUGCUCCUGAAGAAGUUGAAGAGGAGGAGGUUGCCCAGGAAGAGCCAGAGCCUCAGGAGGAAGCAGCAGCAGAUGAAGAGGCAGAACCAGAAGCAGAAGCAUUAACUGAAGAAGUUCCUGAAGAGGAAGAAAUACUUGAGGAAGAAACAGAAGCAGAAGAAUCCGUUCCAGUUGAAGAACAGGCUGAAGCAGAGUCUUCAGAAGAACCUGUUGCAACAGAGCAACAACUCGAGGAGGAGCCCACGGAUACGUAAAGGUUAAACAGAGCACAGAAAACUGGGAAGAUCACGAGGACACACCCCAACAACAUUCCACUGAGAGGGAGCGUCUGAAAAAUCCCACCGCUGAGCAAAAACGAAAAAAAAAAAAAAACUUAAACAAAAUAAUUUUACUAAAUCAUGGAGAGUCCUGACUGGUGGCAUGGAGUCCAACCCCUUCAGAACCCAUCCUCCUGUUAGUCUCCCAUCCUUCCUUCCUGUCCACAUAUCACUCUUUUAGUUCACUCAACUUUUCUUUUCUGAAGUAUGAUUAUACUUUUACUCCCAUCCCCCAUGACGGUUAUUUUUCUGAUUGGAAAAUUAUGAAUGAUUUUCAAGAUCUUAGGUUAGAAGGUAGUGCCAUUAAUCAUGUUAUUUUUAAUUUCUUUCUCUCUGACCCCUUACAUUUUAGACCGUUAGAUGCAUGUUUCGUUCUGUUUUUGAGUUGUAAUUGCAGUCAGUAUGUAAAGAGCAGAGGUACAUGUCUUUGUUAGUCUCGGGUCUUAGCCUGUGGCUGAGGGCGACCUGUUAUCGAAGUCGCCAUGGUUUUCCCCCUCAUCACUGUUGCAGUCUUGUUUUGUGACGUAAUGCCAAUGCGUCUGUGAAGGAUCUAUAUGCAAAGCUGAAAAACGGUCUGUCACAGAGUCACUCAAGUGAAAGUUUUGUAUUACCAGUAUGUAUUUAGCGUUCACGUCACUGUUGCACAGCUAACAAGAAUCUAUGCUGGCAGGGUUUCUCAAGGCAAUUGUCAGGUGAUAUAUGGGUGUGUGUGUGUACAUACGUGUGAACGUAUGUGUGUGUGUGUACGUGUGUGUGUGUGUGUGUGUGAGCUUGUGUGCACAGCUCACUUUUUUGAGCAUUGGUAAUGAGCUGUGAUGUCGUUAUCGGCAAAUUGUCAGCUGUGACUUUUUUUCCUUCUUAUUUUCAGUAUUUUACAGUAUUCAACACACUGUACCUCUGUUUGAUAGCUGUCUGGUACUGCAAGUGUUCUUGACACUCACCUCAACUAAGAAAGACCACAGCAGCUUCUACACCUCUGAUAUAUAGUGGACCACAUCGGUUUGUCAAACGUUGUGGGUAAUCAUAGCACUGUUAUUCCACGUGCUUAGGUUUUAAUCUAUGUGAUUCAGGAUAAGUGAAUGUGUACACCACUGCUCUGUAUGAAUAUUGUGUUUUUUUAUUUUUUAACUAAUGAAAUGAGUGCUUUUGCACUCCGCUGUGAAGCUUAAGCCUUUUUUUUUUGGAGGGGGACAGGUGCGACCUUUGAACGUUAACCCAGUUAGACAUUUUUCCAUCCUUUCUUUUUUUUUUUUGAUCAUGUUUCUUUGACUCCUGAUUGGACCUUGUUGGUUUGGUCGUGUUGACCGACUAUAGCGGUCCCGCCACAGAAACACUGCCUGGGUUACAGAGUGAGCAGCUCGCCGUCAAGUCUCACUGCGAAAGGAGGGAGGGAGGGAGGGAGGGAGGGAGUGUGUGUGUGUGUGGGUGUGUGUGUCUCUGUGUGUGUGUGUGUCUGUGUGUGACCUGAAAUAUGAAUGGCAGCAGACUGCAGGCUUUACAAGAGCUGUGCUCAGCAUGGAGUUUCUUCAACUGGGAUUCUUAAGAAUAUCAGCUGUUUAAAAAAAAAAAAAUUAAAAAAAUUAAAAAAAAAAUUAAAAAAAAUA